GUUAUUCGUAUAGUUUUUCAUGUAGCUCCCUAAAGUGGAAAGAUUAAUUUCACACUUUAAAAUGGGAACACUGAUCCCAUCCUGAGAAAUUCCUAGGUCAAAUCAACCCAACAAAUAAAAUGAUGAAUUCUCAUUUUGCCUUGAAGCUCAAGCCACAACCUCCAGAUGCUCCUCUCCCACGCUUUUGUUCUAGCGCCACUUCUUAUACCCCAUUUUGUUCCUUCAACUGUUCUAACAAUAUUUCACCAUUUCAGAAAAAAAAAAAAAUCAUUAAAUCCGCCAUGACAUCGUUCAAAUCUCAUAGCUUUUUGAUCUUUUCAUCCCUUCAUUACCAACUCAGCCAUGCAACCACCGGCUCCGCCAUCUUAAUUACUCUUAUUCUAAUCCUCCUCCCAAACUCCGCCGCCGCACAGAAUGCAGCUCUUCCAUCAUCUCCACCGCAGGCACCUUCGAAAUCCGACGGCUUCUCUUUUGAUCCGAAACUUCGGUUCACUCCCUCCAUGGGCAUCAUUUUAGUCUGCCUCCUUAGUGCUUUUUUCAUAAUGGGUUGCGUCUCCGUCUCCAUCCGUCAUUGUUCUCAGCAUCACCCGGCCGACGAAUUCUUAAGAGAAGACCGGCCACUCGGCGGCUCUCGGCGUCGGACCGGCCGCCCUGCUCCGCUGGCUCGUGGGCUGGACUCUUCUAUCGUAGACGGAUUUCCCAUCUUUAAAUAUUCAGAUGUUAAGGAGCUCAGGAUACGAAAAGGAGCCCUUGAAUGCGCCAUUUGUUUGAAUGAAUUCGAAGAUGAGGAAACGCUGCGUUUAAUUCCGGAUUGCAGCCAUGUUUUCCAUCCCGAUUGCAUCGAUGCAUGGCUUGCGUCCCACGUAACUUGCCCCGUUUGUAGAUCCAAUCUGGACCUUAUUCACGGUCAUGAUGAUCAAGUUCAAGAUGAUGAUCAUGUUGUUGUUCCGGAUCCGGAUCCGGAGAUUAACGGGUCGGUUCUUCAGUUACCUGACUCAGUUCCAACCCAAGGUCUGAGUAACCCGACGCAAGAAACUAGUAAUUUGGGUGUUCAUAUCCAUAUCGGUUCACCCGAGCUGGUCAACCAGUGCCAAACCGCCGCUCGAAAUUUCCCGAAAUUACUCCAAGUUGAUGGGAAAAUCCCACGGUCUUACUCUACCAGUCAUGCGUUGGUUCAACCGGAUAAAAAUUGCGAGAGAUUUACUCUAAGAUUACCGGAGGAUGUACAUACCCGGCUGAUUAACUCGGAGUUAAGUCGGGCGAAGAGUUGUGUGUCAUUUACUCGAGUUAGGAGUUCGACCAAAGGGUUUAGGAGAAUUGAUAGUGGAGGGGGGACACGGGUUGAUUCUAAAAACCGAGGGCGGUUAGGCCGGGUAGUCCGUUCUGAGGACUUUACUUAUCCAAUUAAUCCAGCGUUCUUUUCAAGUGCAAGUCCAACGGUGGCAGGAAUAAGUGAAGAAAAACCAACGAAAACUAGCUUAAGGAACUUGUUACGGCCCCCUAAGAGUCUAGAGUGUUUAUUUAGUGCGACGGAAGAAAAACAAUUUGAUGGUGAAAGAUCGUUUAAUAGACUAAGACCAGAUGAUAGUUUGGUAUAGAAUAUUGAACCAUUCGACUUUACAUAUGAUUGUUUGUUGGUGCUAUAAUUUGCAUGUUAUACGUAAAACGUUAUAAAUUAACAGUUUUACGAAUGAGUUAUAACGCUGAAUUUUUUGAUUUUACUUUUUCUUCUCGGUAAAUGGUGAACGAUCAAUUUUGCAAAUUGUACACACUUUCAUCUUCAGAAAGGUAAACAAUUGACGAAAUGAAAUUGGAAUUUGCAUGGUGUUUUCCGGACAUUUCCGUCAAUGACUGAUGCGUUUAUAGAGAGUUGUAUUCAGUUGUAACCAAGCCC